CUAUGUUUGUUGAAGCGGAAUUACCUUGACAUUCAUGUAUGGGAAAACUUGUGUUUUGGAAACAAUUGUGGCUCUCUCUGUUGCAGCGCAAUUACCUUGAUGUCUAUGUGUGGGAGAACUGGGGGACAAGCAACAUCCCAGCGUUGGAGCAGGGACAACAGUUCAUCCCAACAGAUUUCUACUUGCGUGAAGGGAGGACUGAACCGCCGCAUUUACUUACAGAAUCUGAGCUUAUUGGGCUCAUGGAUAAGGCUGGAAUAGGCACAGAUGCCACUAUGCAUGAUCACAUCAAGAAACUGAUUGACAGAUGGUUUGCAACAAAAGAUGAGAGGCAACAGUUCACUCCAACCCCACUGGGAGAAGCUUUGGUGAUGGGCUAUGAUGCGAUUGGGUAUGAGCUCUGGAAGCCAUAUUUACGUGCGAUGAUGGAGAGGGACAUGAAGUGUGUUAGUGAUGGUACCAAGAGCAAACAGGAUAUCCUGAGAACAUGUUUAGCUGAAAUGAAGACUGUCUUUCAAGAUGCAAGAACAAAGCAGGAGAAGCUUCUGGAUGCGGCUGCCAUGUACUUUGACAGAGCUGAAGGUGCUGCUGAGCCAAGACCUGUUGGAGCAUUUGUGCGCUCUUGUCCAUUGUGUGGGACAUCAAACAUGGUGCUGAAGUCACGACCGGAUGGGAAGUUUAUGGUGGGUUGCUUGGGAUUCCCCAAUUGUCGGGGAGUUAUGUGGCUGCCUGCGGCUUUGGUGGACGCAUCUGUUACAGAACAAACAUGUCAGAGUUGUAAUCCAGCUGCUGUGAACAUCCAACAAGUAUAAAAUAAAAUUGCCUUGCUUCU